UGGCUCUGUGCGGCCUUUAAAUUUCCUGGAUGAGGCGUCCUCCCUCGACGCCUUUGAUUAUUUACUCACUUAGAUUACGCAGCCAGUCGGUCGGAGCCCCGCUUUUCACAAAAAAUUAGUGCCAGAUAAAACGAUGUUUAAUCUUAACUGUCGCUGUUGGCAAUCCGCAGUAUUGAGAGUUAUCUGGCUGUGCGUGCAUCACAUCAGUAGUUCAGCUGAAUAGAGGAAUUCAGAACAGUAAAAAUGGAAAAAAUCCGCAGAUGGUUUAGCUCGUCGUCCCUAAAGAAAAGGUCGGUGACUUCGAGUCUCCCGAACACCACCAGCGGAGCCACCCCCGUUCCGGACAAGGGCAAGAUUUCUACUAAAGGCAGUGCCCGUGCCAAUGCAAAUGCGACACGUCCGCCGCCGCAGCCGCAACCCGAGACCGUUACGAAUCCUCCACCGAGCCAAGCGGAAAAUCGUCCAGCAAACUCGUUAGUCAAAAGUCCGACGACAGCUGUGCUAGACCUCGAGGCCAAGGUCCUGGAGCUGUCGAAAAUGCUUCAAUCAAAGGAAGCUGAAGUGAAUGUGCUUAAGGGGGAACUUAAAGAGGCGGAAAAAGAAAUGGCAUCAUCCGCAGCGGCUGGCAAUGCUCAGAUCAAGGAGUUGCGUGCCGAGAACAAAGCUUUGAAAACAAAGCUGGCGCAGUUAGAAGCGGCCGCAUCUGCGAUGGCCACCGCGAAUCCUCCCGCGUCUCAGCUGCAGCCGCUUUCAGACACGGAAAAAUUAAUGCUCGGCCAAAUUCACCAGCAUUCGUCUGCGCCAGCGUCGAUUGCCGGGACAGAGCCACCAACGCCCUAUGAUGUGCUUGGAAGUGAUAUGCUAGCGUCGACCUGCUCGCAAGGAGUACCUGGCACUCCAGAUUGGGAACACCAAAGUCUCGGGAGCUGCAGUGAAGUAUCUGUCGCUGGGCUACAAGACCGCAUACACCAAAUGGAGGAAACUCACUACAGCACGAGCGAAGAACUGCAGGCCACGCUGCAGGAGCUGGCGGAUUUGCAACAUCAGCUGGCCGAGCUGCAAGGAGAAAAUUCGCGGAUCACUGAUGAAAAAGCCGUCGUGCUGCAGUCACUGUGCAAACAGACUGAACGCCUCGAGGACUGCAGAGCCAGAUCUGAGUCGCUGACCGCCUUGCUCUGCUCUGAGGGACUGCCCGCGCCGACCGACACCGAAACUAAACUUCUGGAGAUCAUUAAAGGUCUUCAUGAGGAGCGAUCCGAGCAGCAGACCUUGAACGAAGCGGCGGAGGCCAGGGUUAGAGGCACCCUUGAAAGACUGUCCGCUGCAGAGACUGCCUCUGUCAGGCAAAAUGAGCGAGUCUCCCUACUUCAAGCCCAGGUUGAGGUCAGCGUUGCUGAGAAAAAAAGGCUUGAGGACAGACUUGAAGCGGCACUCAGAGAGGGUCAGGAGAAGACCAUCGAGUAUGAGCGGAUGGAAACACUUCUCGCCAAUGCGAAAGCUAAGAUUGAAGAGCUUGAAGAGUGCAGAUCGACCCCUGCUGAUGAAACGCAGCUCGAGUCCAGACUGGAGAGCAUCCGGUCAGAGAAAGAAGAGUUGGAAGGAAAAAUAGUUGAAUUGCAGGAGCAACUGUCAAAGGCGCAAGGGGAAGUUGCUCGAAUCAGGGAGACCACUAACACUCUUCAAGAAGAGCUGAAGGUGUCUCGCAACAAUGCUAAGUCCCAGGUUUCCGAACUAGAGUUUGUGAUAAAUCAGGAGAGGGAGGAGACCAAGAGAGCGCAAGCCGCUGCCACAGAGCAGGCGGCUCAGGCGCAGAGACAUUUGGAGGACAAGCGACAACUGCGGGCCACUCUCUCUGAAGCCCAAAGGGAAAACAUAGCCUUAAAAGAAGAAAUGAAGACGGUGCAGGCUCAGUUAGAGGAAGAAAAGAGGCUCAGAGCCGAGGAGAAUGAAGAGUGGGUGCAGUUCCGAAGUGACCUGCUGAUGACUGUUCGAGUAGCCAAUGAUUUCAAGACAGAGGCCCAGCAACAGCUGGCAAAACUGCUAGUUGAGAACAAAUCGCUCAAGGAGAAAAAUCGUUCCUUGGAAGCUGAAUUGGCCAAAGCAAAGGCACUAAACAGUCAAGCACUGAGCUAUGACUCUCUUGCAUCCAAUGGUGCUGGACCCACUCUGGAGGAUCCAAAAUUCACUGACACUUUGCUCGCAUACGAUGACAUAAGAUCAAACUUUGUCAUCAGCGAAGAAGAGUAUGUAGACGAGUUUGAAACAAACACUAACUCAAGUGUGGAUGAAGCUUUUCUCAGCUUUACUGAAAACGAACACGUAGCUCUCGCAACUAGGAACGCAGAUGAGACUGAUAAGGUGUGCUUGGUGUCUCCACUCCCUCCUCCACUGCCGAGCACACCGCCCCCACCUUUGCCGACAAUUUUUGACGAUUACAUUGAUGCUGUUAACGAGGAAGUUUCUCUGGCUGAGCACCAGAGCGAUCCCGAAAGCCUGAUCAUAGUCAGUCCCAACCUCUCUGACAAGAGAAGGUCUGAACCGCAGUUCUCGGCUGCUGACUAUAAAGAAAAUAGCUGGUUGCUCCAGAGAAAACUGUCCCUUCAAAUUCCAACGCAAACAUCCUCAACACGAGUAGUGCCAAAGCCUGCAUUUGACAGUGCAAGUCAAAUGACUCAACAAUCUCCCUCGAGGCCAGUGAGUACCUCGUUGUCUGAGGCGCCCCCUUCGCCUGUGCCCACCUCUCCAGCGUGCGACGCGGUUUUCUCCUCCGUGCAGCAAGAAAUGGCGGCGGCCGCGAGGAGGCUGCGAGGAACCGCGAUCGCCGACAACAGACUCUCAGUCAAAAACUUGAUCGAGAGCAUCGAGAACGCCACCAAGCAUCACAAGGCUGGCGGUGACUGCGGUGAGAGCCGAUGCAGCUCAACUUCGAACAGUAUUGCCACGACCCCGACGAGUCCCACUCCGUCGCCAUGCAACACGCUCCCUUCCACCCCGUCCCCGAUUCCUCCAGCGGUCGAACUCUCAAAGAGCCCGCUGAGAGACCAGCAACAGAAUAACCGGACUACAACUUCCCUUACCAGAAAAACUAGCUUUCAAGAGUAUUUGAAGGAACCUGUAAAACCGACAAAAUCGGAGGAACCGCCAAGCGUAGUAUCCCAACGCCCAAGACACUACUCUAAUCCUGAAGUUGCCUCUAAGGACCCUCUGUGGAAGUUGGUGAAAAACGGCGGUUCGAAGCGAAACGCACUGCUCAAGUGGUGCCAGGCGAAGACAGCUGGUUACAAGGGCAUUGAUAUCACCAACUUCUCGAGCUCAUGGAACGACGGCCUUGCUCUCUGUGCCCUUAUUCACUCUUACCUGCCUGCACUUGUUCCGUACAACACACUUGUGCCCACUGAUAAGAGGAGAAAUUUCUCUGUGGCAUUCUCAGCCGCUGAGAGCGUUGGAAUUCCUACUACUUUGAGUAUUGUGGAGAUGACCCACAUGGAGCGACCUGAUUGGCAGCAAGUCAUGGCCUAUGUGACAGAAGUCUAUAAACACUUUGAAUCCUAGGAUAAUUUUCUUUGCAUACUAUUCUAUAUGUCCACUUUAUUAAUACCUACUGCAAGAAUUUCAUUUUAUCUCUGUAAAAAAUGUAUGUUAGUCCGUGGUUAAAUAUUGCAAGCCAGUGAGAAAUUUCUCCUGAAACUUACUCUAAAAAAAUCGUCCAAGUGCGUGGAUCUCGUGUAUUGUACUGGCGUUAACUUUACAUGGAACUAAAGACUGCUUAUUUUUAUAUUGUAUGCUUUGAUCAUGAGUUGUUAGAUAAAAUAUACAGUAAUAAUAAAGACGUCAAGUGAUUAAUAUUCUGCAA